ACUGAUAAAAGCUACAAUCAUGAGUAUUUUAUUGUUGUAUUCUACAUAAAAAUGCACACAUUUCCAUAUAUAAUACUUCAUGUAACGGCUAAUUUACAAUGGUACAAAAAUUAUGUCAAAGUGACGAAAUAAUUUCCGAGAUGUGUCACAGAUACUUUUUAGUGCGGCAAGAAAGAAAUUCGCGCUUGCGCGCCUGCGUAACGAUUGUAAACAAAACAACACCUUGAUCCGUGAACUCCCAGCAUCCCCCAAGGCGCAUGAUUCAAAAGUUUUAGGCUGGUAGGCCUAUAAGUAUUUUUCCGCGAAUUUUAAAAAAAACUUUUGUAUGUCGACGUAAAAUACGUCCAGUCGGCACCCGAGAGACAAAAAAUGUCGACGUAAAAUACGUCCAGUCGGCAGUAAAGGGUUAACUGAUAUUCUUGAUGUUUGUGCCAGAUUGAUUCCUUUGUGGUGAGGAGUCUUGUUUUGUAUAAGAAUGUUUGAUAUGCAGUGUCAAUGAAAGCAAGCUGAAAAUGAGCUAGGAUUAUUUUGAACUUGCAGAAGACCUGGGUGCAGCCUACCAUUCCGUGAGAUGUAGACUUUGUGUUAACAUGGAUGAAAAUUGUUUACUUCAGUACUUCCUCUGAAAGAAAUUAUUAAAAAGAAAAUAUACCACUGCCUACUGCAAUAGCUGAUGAAUCUCAUUGUGUACGCUUUACAGAAAAGUAUUUGGUGAGAAAUCAUCUUGUAAUAUUGAUGAAAGUAAUGACAAAAAUGUGGAUUUUUUUUACAGAAAAGUAACAUGGUGGGGGAAACCAAUAACUUGUGCAGAAUGUCAAAGUACUUUUUCCCACUUGAGCCAUCAUCUCUGAAGCCACAUGAGAAUCCAUACUGGAGAGAGACCAUAUCCUUGCACAGGAUGCCAUACUUUUACUUAAAUCGUCUCAACACUGGGAUGAGAAUUCCUACUGGAGAGACAAUUCACUCGCACUGGAUGCCAGAAAGGUUAUCAUCAUUUCUCUCUCCUCCACUCGAAAUACCCAUACUGGAGAGAAGCAGCCAUUCACUGAGCCGAAGGUGUUUUUCUCUAUCCCAUGUUCACAGAAGGCACAUGAAAACUCAUACUAGGUAGUAAUUAUUUAUAUGCCCUGGGUGUUCAAGGAGCCUUUUCUAUCUCAGAAUGCACAUUCAAUUCAUAUAAGAACAAGGUGUGAUCCGACUUCCAGCUUACUCGGACACAUGCAAGAUUUUCCCCUCACACAUAAGUUGCAAACAUUAUAUAUCUAACUUAACGUGAAGUGGUCAUCGUAAUUAAUACUCAUACUUAGUACUGUUCAUACUAACAACAAGAAUUAAAUGAAGAGGACACAAAUUAAACACGUUCAUAUAGUCUUAGGUAUAAGUGAAAACACAAAGUGAUUGAACAGAAACAUAGCCUAAAUUCAGAACACCAAAUAAAUUCAAACCUGCUAAAAUCUAUGGUCAAAUGGAGCCUUGUUUCACCAAUGAAAUAUAAAAUGAAUAUGUUAUAUUUAGCAUAAUGUGCAUAACAUGCACAUUAUUUAUUUUUUACAUUUUCGGUCUAAUAAAUAGAUUAUAAAUCUCCUGUCCUAAAAUUCCUAUAACUUUAUAUGCAAAAAAACCUUUUUCAGACCUUUUUGGCCCUUCCUUCGACCUUUCUUAAUCCACCAACAAGAACAACAACAAAGUAAGCAAAAAAGCCAUUCUUCUGUAAAUAGAGUUAUAAUACUCCCAACUCAUGAAGGAAAGGUGCUGUUCAUUUGAUUGUUAAAAUUCGGGUAAUUCAGGAAUUUGUGGCAAAGUAGAAAUUGGCUGAAUUGUCAACCAACUUUGGCCUAAAUAAAUUUGUUGAUUCCAGACAGAUCCAAGGAUGUUGUUUUAUUUCUUUUGAGGUAAAUUUUGUCCAAAUGAUGAUCAUUGCAUUGUGGUAUUUGUUUUCCUUGAGAAUGCUUAUUUUAGAGUUGUUAUGAAUGGUGCUAUUCAGAACAUGUCUUUCUCAGAUUUUUUAUUUCAUUUCAGGGAAAUUUCAUCACAUCCUUACUAGGAUUGAGUAUUGGACAUCCUGUGAAAAUGGAAGCUGAAAAAUCGUCAUCAUUGCUGUUAAUCAAAGAAGAGAAGGAGAAUUUGGAGGAGGUUCUUACUGAAAGCACUGGGGAAGACUCUUCGUUUGCAGACCCCUUCUUAGAAGUCAAGGCAGAACCAGAGUUUUUUGACAGUGAUGAAUUUGAUGUGAACUCAUCCCCAUCUAUUAAGUAUGAGGAGGAGGACAGCUCUUCAAGCUGUGAUGAUGAAAGUGGAAAGAUCUGUAUUGCAGAAGAAAAUAGACAUUUGGGAAGAAGUAACACAGAAGGGAAGCGAAUAACUUGUGCUGAAUGCCAAAGGACAUUUUCAUACAUAAGCCAACUGAAAUCCCACAUGAGAACUCAUACAGGAGAGAAACCAUAUACUUGUUCUGUAUGUCAAAGAAGUUUUUCUUUUCAAAGUCAUCUCAAAAGACACCUGAGAACUCAUACGGGAGAGAAACCAUACACUUGCUCUAUAUGUCAAAGAAGUUUUUCUAUGCAAAAUCAUCUUAAAGCACACAUGAGAACUCAUACAGGAGAGAAACCAUAUACUUGCUCUAUUUGUCAAAGAUGUUUUUCUCAAUCAAGUUAUUUUAAAAUACACAUGAGAACUCAUACAGGAGAGAAACCAUUCACUUGCUCUAUAUGUCAAAGAAGUUUUUCUAUUCAAAAUCACCUUAAAACACACUUGAGAACUCAUACAGGAGAGAAACCGUAUAGUUGCUCUAUAUGUCAAAGAAGUUUUUCUCAUCAAAGUAGCCUCAAAACACACAUGAGAACUAAUAGAGGAGAGAAACCAUAUGCUUGCUCUAUAUGUCAAAGAAGUUUUUCUCAUAAAUGUCAUCUCAAAACUCACAUGAGAACUUAUACAGGAGAGAAACCAUAUAUUUGUUCUAUAUGUCAAAAAAGUUUUUCUCAUCCAAGUGGUCUCGUGAGACACAUGAGAAUUCAUAUAGGAGAGAAACCAUAUACUUGCUCUACAUGUCAAAGACGUUUUUCUCAAUCAAGUCAUCUCAAAAGACACGAGAAUUCACACUAGACAGAAACUGUAUUUUCAUACAAUCAACUUACCUGUCAGAUAUAUACAUAGCUAAGACUCCGUCGUCCCCAACAGAAAUUCAAAUUUCGCGGCACGCUGCAGGUAGGUCAGGUGAUCUACCGUCCUGCCCUGGGUGGCAGGAUUAGGAACCAUUCCCGUUUUCUAUUCAUAUUUUCUCUGUCGCUUGGAAUGUAAACAACGUUUGCAGUUCCUCCUGUCUUGAUUUUUGGAUUUCAUCGUCAUCGAUCUUCUGGGCUAUCUUUUGCAGGGAAGUACUGGAUCUUUGGUUCGGCAUACGCAUAUUAAUUUGUUUUAAUAACUUUGGCUUCGAAAAUUUCGAAGAAUUGUUUACAUGUAACUACCGAACUUUUCGGUAGACACUCUCAUAGUUUGCAAGAAGAAAAAUUUUAAUAUUUAUUCAUAAUAACGUGUAGUAAAUGUUAGAAUUGAUUGAGCUAACUUCCUUCUUGAGGAAGUCAGGAAUAGAAUUAGUUACGCUUCCUUUAGAAGUUUUUAUAGCUCUC